AUGUUUUCUACUCUCGUCUACCUCCACAUAUUUCUUGUAUCUUUGCUUGUCUCUCUGACAACUGCCUGCGAUACCGCCUGUCGAACAGAGCUUGGUCUUUCUUUUGUGGACAUAUACGCCUCGGAAUCGCAUGCUCUAUUCGGACUGUUUGCUCAGAAUCUUACGUCUCGCAUACUCGACGGUGUGAAUGUGAACAAAAUCUCUCUUGGCAAAGGCAGUAAACUCCGUAACGAAAUAAUUGAUAAUGUCCGCGAGACUGUUUCGCAAUUGGACAAGUCCUUUGCUGAGACUAUUCCUGGUCUAGUUGAAGACGCAAUAUUUAACCAAUCGCCUGAAUUCCGUGGAGAUUGCUCGGUUCCCGUAGAAACAAAGUCAUCUCAAUUCAGCGUUCACAAAAAAGAUGCUUGCAUGAUGGUCGAGGAAGUGUGUGGGAGUGCAUUGUCGAUUUGCCGUCAUUUGGAUCUUGUGAAAGAGCGAACUGUAAAGACCAUCGUUAAUGCAUUAGAUAAUGACACGACGGGAGAAUUUUAUACAGUAAUCUCUCACACUAUAUCCCGUAUUGCUGCAGAAUGGAGGCUUGGCGUUGCUCAGCGAAAGGCUUUGAUGUCCAAGUCAAAUGCCAACUUGAAAAUGCUGUUGGCCAUUUUCAGUGAGCAUUACAAAAAUGGAUUCUGCAGCGAUUCGAAUUGCGAUCAAUAUGACGACAAGAUUGUAGAAUUGCUUCUCAGUUACGUCUAG